CCGUGUUACUAUGUACACUCCGGUGGGAUUCCAGCUAGUCGGUGUAUUAGCGAAUACUUCUACCUUUCUGCACCACCAACGAUGGCUAAAGGAUACAAAAUAAAAAGUUCUAACAGAUCUACACCAGAACCAACGUUUAGUAAAGCGUUAGGAGAGUCCUCCACGUCCAGUUUGCUGUCGGAGUCCGUCGCAGAGCCUGACGAUGUACAAAACUCACCGAGUUCCACCGUAUGCUCCGCAUCUGCCGCAUCUCUACCCACGAAUGACCAUCAACAGAACCACGAGCAUGAUCAGUGCCGUAAAGUUCCCAUUCUUCAUCAUAUAAUCGUGGAAAGAUAUGAGGGUGAUAAGAGCAGAGACAUGUUUCAUGGAGAAGGUGUCGUUUGUUUUCAAGGUGGCCACAUUUACAAGGGUAGUUUUUCACAUGGGUUAAUGCAUGGCCAUGGGAAAUAUAUUUGGUCAGACGGUUUAAAGUAUCAGGGUGAUUUCAAAUUAAAUGUUCCCGUGGGACAUGGAACUUACACCUGGCUGGAUGGCAGCACUUAUGAGGGAGAGGUACACAAAGGUGUCCGUCAUGGUGUCGGAGUGUAUAAAUGUGCCAAAACCUCUACCGUGUACAGAGGUCAGUGGUAUCUGGGCAAAAGACAGGGGCAGGGGGUAAUGUACUAUAACCAAGCAGCCACAUCAUGGUACAAAGGAGAAUGGGUGAACAGUUGCAGAGAGGGCUGGGGAACGCGGUGUUACCCAUCUGGAAAUGUAUAUGAGGGACAAUGGAGGAAUAAUGUCCGGCAUGGAGAGGGAACAAUGAAAUGGGUUCAGUUGGAUCAGCAAUAUAGUGGGCAGUGGGUAAACGGCAUCCAGAAUGGAAAAGGAACGCACACGUGGUUCCGUAAAAGAGUUCCGUGCUCUCAGUACCCUCGUAUGAACGAGUACACAGGAGAAUUUGUUCAGGGCAUGCGUCAUGGUCAAGGACAGUUCUGUUAUGCCAGUGGGGCUGUGUAUUGUGGAGAGUGGAAACAUGACAAAAAACAUGGACAGGGGAGGUACACUUUUGAAAAUGGACGGGUAUAUGAAGGGGAGUUUAUUAAGGACUGCAUGGCUGAAUUUCCUGCCUUCACUCCUGGCCUCAGUGGAAUUACAACUCCUUUUCCGGGCGAGAAUGAUUCAUCAAACAGAGCUUCACAGUCAAGCACAAGCUCCUCGCCGCUUGGAUCUGACAUGGUUUUGAACAUUCAAGCCCUGUUAAGUAGAUUACCUGAGGCCCACAGAGAUCAAGAACUUAAACAGGUGGAAUUUGCGGUAGUGAGACACAUUGGUUUGUUAAGGGAAAUAUACAGCUUCUACAGCUGCCUUGGACAUGAGCAGUCUUCAGACAAAAUAUUCCCACUGACCCACCUGCAGUUCUCUCGCUUUCUCAUGGACUGUAAAGUUCACCAGCAUGGAAUCACAGUAGCACAAAUGGAUCGUCUUAUCAACGAUGAGGUUCAUUCUCCUUUUGCUGCCAUUCUACCGAGAGAGUGUAUCAGCUAUAUUAUCAUUGUAGCAUAUCAUAUUUGCCACAAAGAUAUUGAAUCCUCUAACAACAUACUCGCAGCAUGUUUUUCGAAGCUCAUGAGGCAGAACAUCAUUCCCAAUGCGAAACACGUAAAAGGGCCUCUGUUCUGCCAUCCUGUCCAUGCUGCGGUUGCAUAUAACUACUCAGACAGAUGCUGGGGAAUUUACCAGGCUCUGUGUAAAGCCAGUUCAAUCCAGUCUGACACAAUCUUGACUGUAAGGCAAUUUGUCUGGAUGCUUAAGGACCUCUAUCUGUAUGACAGUGAGCUAACUGUGUCUAAAGUGUUAAAGAUCCUCUCUGUGGACAGUCCAGCAAUUUAUGAUGGAACCUACAGCAACCUGGACCUGGAGAUGAGCUUUCUGGAGUUUUUUGAGGCAUUGUUGGGCUGUGCUGAGGUGAAAGGCCAAAGAAUCCAAACUGAUAUCGAGAGCCAGAUUGACACAAAUCAUCAGGAGGACACUGUUCUGAGUUCACUUCAGUCAUCCCUAUCUGAGGAGACCGAGCGAAGCCAAAGUCCUGUGCUUGCUUUCAAAGAGACAGAACUGAAGGGCUGGAUGCAGAAAACACAGCAGUUCUUCACUCAGAUAUUUUUCCCUGCGUAUGAGCACAGUGUGGAGCUACAGGAGGAGAGAUUCAGGCUGAGACAAAAGAGAAUUUCUCUCGCAGAGACUGACAAUGCAAGAUAUAUAGAACAGCUGGAGGCUAAGGAAAAACAAGAGGAAGAUGGUAAUGGAGAGGUUCCAAACAAUGAUGUUAAUUGCUCGCCUUCUACCCCCAUGACCCCUGUGACCUCCACCACAUCUGUCAUUUCAAAACAGCCAGUCACCAGCGGUAGUAAGAAAAAGAAGUAAAUCCACAGA